AUGCCUACCAGUAGAGUCAGCGUGUCGGAACGUAAUGGGAUAGAGUUCUACGAGAGUGUAUCAAACCCUCGAGUCUCGACCCGAGAUGAGCCCUCGAUCACCACUUCGAAGCUCGACCCUAUGUGCGGACCCUCAGGUUUUCAAUCUCACACCAACCACAGGUACAUGCUACGACAUCAGUAUAAUCGCCAACAGAGUCAGCGUAACGGAACGCAACGGACGAGUUUCUCGCGAGAGUGUGUCAAGUUCUCGACCACCACUUCGGAGCUCGAACCCGCUAGUAGAUCACCACUGUAUAUGGUGCAGGCGGAGCAAGACAGCGCAGAGAUGUUCAGUGACCCGAACGCUCACGAUGUGACAAUCUCUCUGCAGUUCUUUACAAUCUGUAUCUGA